ACCUGCCCGAAACGCUAUGCGUGCUAGUGGCUUCACAAGAAUGUAAGAACGCAUGACUAUAUAAAAUAAAUAAAUGAAAACUGAUUACAAGGUCGAGGUGUUAUCGUGAUCAGCCGCCGACGACGACCUCCUCAGGAGCCGUACAACAUGCCUGCACAUUUCGGUGUGCGAGAAGUGGUGGAGGCCUACAGCAGGAUCAGUGGGCAUGUGCACAGGACGCCAGUCUUCACCUCCCACAGCCUCAAUGUCUUGGCCGGCACGCAGCUCUACAUGAAGGCUGAAAACCUCCAGAAGACUGGCGCCUUCAAAGCCAGAGGCGCCUGCAAUGCUGUUUUUCUGGAGAAGGAGAAAAAUCCGAAUAGCCCAGGAGUGGUAACACACAGCAGUGGAAACCAUGGCCAGGCUGUAGCAUAUGCUGCAAAAUGCGCUGGUCUUGCUUGCAGUGUGGUUGUUCCCAGAGGGACUCCUAAAGUGAAGUGUGAUGCUAUCAAAGAAUAUGGUGCUGAACUUGUCUAUUGUGAGGCUACACCAGCAUCAAGGCAGGCAGUUUGUGCAGAGAUUGAAGCCAGGACAGGCAGAGCUGUCAUCCAUCCCUUUGAUAACUAUGAUGUGAUGGCCGGUCAAGGAACUAUUGCAUUAGAACUGCUUGAAGAGGUACCAGAUUUGGAUGCUAUACUAGUACCUAUCAGUGGAGGGGGCAUGACAUCCGGGAUUGCUGUUGCAGCCAAAGCCUUGCAACCAAAGUGCAAAGUGUAUCCUGUUGAGCCUUUUGGGAAACAGCUACAGAAAUGCCUGGAAAGCAAGCAGCGAUUGUGGCCUAAUCCUCCAAAGUUCAUUGAUUCGGUUGCUGAUGCUAUUCGCACUCAACAGGUUGGUCACCUAACAUUCCCAAUCUUGUGUGAGUAUGUCGAACCUAAAGUGUUCACCAUCACAGAUGAACAAAUGAUCGAAGGAAUGAAACUUGUAUUUGAGCGAAUGAAGUUGGUUGUAGAGGCUGCCCCUGGAGCUGCUGUGUAUGCUGCAGUCAAAUUAAUGAAAGAGUUUGAUCCAACAGCUCAAAAAGUUGGCGUCAUUCUCUGUGGAGGCAAUGUGGACUUGGAAUGUUUGCCAUGGGUCACUUACAAGAAGUCCUAUUAACUGGCAUUGCUUUUAGACAUUUACAGUAUUUUUAAUUAUUUUUACCUACACACACACACAACCUAUGAAGCAAGAAUGGAGGCCAUUUGAACAGGCUGAUUUGUAAACCUCAUCCUGGAAAUAUUCAUGCAUGAACACAUUAAGCAAGCUACAAGAAUGACGGAAGGGGAUGUUCCAUCAAUACUGGAUUUAAUAUUCACUGUGGAUUUACUGGAUUUAAUAUUCACUGUGGAUUUACUGGAUUUAAUAUUCACGGUGGAUUUAUUGGAUUUAAUAUUCACACUGUGGAUUUCAUGAGUAAUAGAAUCAUCAUAGAAAUCCAGUCUUCCUGAUUCUUGUGCAAGAGAAAGCAAAAGUCUUUUUUUUUUUUUGAUGACUUAAGUAAGAAAUUCGGUGCAACUGAUUGAUAAAACAAUUGUGGCAGGUCAUAAGGGUUUAACAGAUCUAAGGGUAGUGUAAAUUUACAACAUGGAGCAACUGAAUUUGUUCCAAAUUGGUCAAAAUCAUUGAAGGUGGAAACUAUGUGGAAACUAUUGGGCUUAACAAGUGUCUAAUGUUGAUGAAACUGGCAUGUUGAGAAAAAAAAUGCCUGAUAAUAUACAUUUCCAAAGAAAAAAAAAUACCUUUCUUCAAGGCUGCAAAAGACUGCCGAAUUCUGUUGCUUGGAGGAAAUACGGCUGGUGAUUGUAAACUAAAGCCUCUGCUUGUGUACCCUCCACAAAAUCCCAGAGCUUUAAAGACUGUGCCAAAAUCAUCUCUUGGCAGUGGUGUGGAAAGCUGCUCCCAAGGGUAACAUAACAUGUAUUUAGAGACUUAUAUUUACACCAAUUUGUGCCUAAAGGAAAUUAUAUUGUGCUAAAAAGAAGAUUGAUUUUAACGAUUUGUUCGUACUGUACAGUGCACCUGGACACCCUAUAUACUUUGACAAUUUGAAUAAAAGUAUCAAGGUUGUAUUUUUGCCACCAAACACAGCCUCUUUGCUGCUACUGAUAGACCAAGGAGUGAUAAGAUCAUUCAUCACCCAGAGAACCUUUGUCUAGGCACUUCAUGUAACUGAUAACAUAGGCAGUUACCUCAUGAAGCUGGACAGGUUACAACAUGUAAGAGUCAUUUAAGAACAUGGAAAAAUCGUGGGGUGAAGUUAGUGACCAACAUGAAUGGUGUUUGUCGUCAAUUUGUGAAUCAUUUCAAGAGUUGUGAGGAAUAGUUGAAAAAACUGACAGGAAACAUUGUUGAUAUUGCAACAGAGCUAGAUGUUGAGCUAGAUGAGGAAAAUGUGGAAGAGUUGUUCAGCUCUCAUUCAGAGGAGCCCUUUGAUGAUGACCCGCUUGUGUUUGCAACCCAUGCAUCAUCUUAAACAUCAACAGCAGCCACUGACAGUAAAGAUGACCAGACAACCUCUGCCACCUGUGCACCUACUGCCUCUUGCACCACCAACUAAAUCUCUUCUCUCCUCAAAAACAGCUAACUUUGACAAGCAGGAGAACUCCAUCUUUCAAGGUAAUUAAUGUAGUGUGUCUUUGUAUGUCACAAAAAUACUGAUGUUGUGGUGAAUUUUGGUGGUCUGGGAACGUAUCCCUCUUUUAUAGCAUUGCAGUGGAAAAUCUUGUUCUGCAUUUUGAACAACUGCUCUUCGAAAACUGUUUCCGAAUGUAACCUGGUUAUAAAUGAGGGGAACACCCUGUAUUUCAUAUUUUGUCAAACUUCUCCCUUUAGUACUGUAUUAAAUACUAAUAAAAAAUCAUUUAUU